GUAGCUGUGGUAGGUGUAGUACCUGUACUAGGUGUAGUACCUGUAGUAGCUGUAGUACCCAUAGUACCUAUAGUACCUGUAGUAGCUGUAGUAAAUGUAGUACGUGUAGUAGCCGUAGUAGCUGUAGUACGUGUGGCAGCUGUGGUAGGUGUAGUAGCUGUGGUAGGUGUAGUACCUGUAGUAGGUGUAGUACCUGUAGUAGCCGUAGUACCUAUAGUACCCAUAGUAGCUGUAGUAGCUGUGGUGGCUGUAGUACGUAUAGUAGCCGCAAUAGCUGUAGUAGCUGUAGUAGCUGUAGUACCUAUGGUACCUAUGGUACCUAUGGUACCUAUCGUACCUAUUGUAGCUGUAGUAGCUGUAGUAGCUGUAGUAGCUGUAGUAGCUGUAGUAGCUGUAGUAGCUGUAGUAGCUGUAGUAGCUGUAGUAGCUGUAGUAGCUGUAGUAGCUGUAGUAGCUGUAGUAGCUGUAGUAGCUGUAGUAGCUGUAGUACCUGUAGUAGCCGUAGUAGCUGUAGUAGCUGUAGUAGCUGUAGUAGCUGUAGUAGCUGUAGUGGCUGUGGUGGCUGUAGUGGCUGUAGUGGCUGUAGUAGCUGUAGUGGCUGUGGUGGCUGUGGUGCGUGUAGUAGCCGUGGUACCUGUAGUGGCUGUGGUACGUAUGGUGCCUAUGGUACCCUGUGGUGCCUGUGGUGGCUGUGGUACCUGUGGUGCCUGUGGUACCUGUAGUGGCUGUGGUGCCUGUGGUGCCUGUGGUGGCUGUAGUGGCUGUGGUGCCUGUGGUGCCUGUGGUGGCUGUGGUACCUGUGGUACCUGUGGUGGCUGUAGUGGCUGUGGUGGCUGUGGUGCGUGUGGUGGCCGUGGUACCUGUAGUGGCUGUGGAACGUAUGGUUAACCUAUAGUACCUGUGGUACCUGUAGUGGCUGUAGUAGCUGUGGUAGCUGUGGUGGCUGUGGUACCUGUGGUACCUGUGGUAGCUGUAGUAGUAGUUGUAGUACCUGUAGUAGCUGUAGUAGCUGUAGUAGCCCUGUAGUACCUGUAGUACCUGUAAUACCUGUAGUAGCUGUAGUAGCUGUAGUAGCUGUAGUACGUGUAGUAGCUGUGGUAGGUGUAGUACCUGUACUAGGUGUAGUACCUGUAGUAGCUGUAGUAGCUGUAGUACCCAUAGUACCUAUAGUACCUGUAGUAACUGUAGUAGCUGUAGUAGCUGUAGUACAUGUAGUACGUGUAGUAGCCGUAGUAGCUGUAGUACGUGUAGUAACUGUGGUAGGUGUAGUACCUGUAUUAGGUGUAGUACCUGUAGUAGCCGUAGUACCUAUAGUACCCAUAGUAGCUGUAGUAGCUGUAGUAGCUGUAGUGGCUGUAGUACGUGUAGUAGCCGUAGUACCUGUAGUAGCUGUAGUACCUAUGGUACCUAUCGUACCUGUUGUAGCUGUAGUAGCUGUAGUAGCUAUGGUACCUAUACUACCUGUAGUACCUGUAGUAGCUGUAGUAGUAGUUGUAGCACCUGUAGUAGCCCUGUAGUACAUAUAGUACCUGUAAUACCUGUAGUAGCUGUAGUAGCUGUGGUAGGUGUAGUACCUGUACUAGGUGUAGUACCUGUAGUAGCUGUGGUACCCCAUGGUACCUGGGUACCUGUAGUGGCUGUGAGUAAAUGUAGUACGUGUAGUAGCCGUAGUAGCUGUGGUACGUGUGGUGGCUGUGGUGGGUGUAGUGGCUGUGGUGGGUGUAGUGGCUGUGGUGGGUGUAGUAGCUGUGGUGGGUGUGGUACCUGUAGUGGGUGUGGUACCUGUGGUAGCCGUAGUACCUGUAGUAGCUGUGGUACCUAUGGUACCCAUAGUGGCUGUAGUAGCUGUAGUGGCUGUGGUGCGUAUGGUAGCCGCAGUGGCUGUAGUGGCUGUAGUGGCUGUGGUGGCUGUGGUACCUAUGGUACCUAUGGUACCCUAUGGUGCCUAUCGUAGCCCUAUUGUGGCUGUGGUGGCUGUAGUGGCUGUAGUGGCUGUGGUGCGUGUAGUGGUCGUGGUACCUGUAGUAGCUGUAGUGCCUGUGGUGCCUGUAGUAGCUGUGGUACCUAUGGUACGUGUAGUGGCUGUAGUGGCUGUGGUACGUGUGGUAGCCGUGGUACCUGUAGUAGCUGUAGUACGUAUGGUACCUAUAGUACCUGUAGUACCUGUAGUAGCUGUAGUAGCUGUAGUAGCUGUAGUACCUGUAGUACCUGUAGUAGCUGUAGUACCUAUAGUACGUGUAGUACCUGUAGUACCUGUAGUAGCUGUAGUAGCUGCAGUACUUGUAGUAGCUUUAGCAGCCGUAGUACCCGUAGUACCUGUAGUACCUAUAGUACCUGUAGUAGCCGUAGUAGCUGUAGUAGCUGUAGUACCCGUAGUAGCUGUAGUACCUGUAGUAGCUGUAGUAGUUGUAGUACCUGUAGUAGCUGUAGUACCUGUAGUACCUGUAGUUCGUGUAGUAGCUGUAGUACCUGUAGUACCUGUAGUAGCUGUAGUAGCUGUAGUAGCUGUAGUACGUGUAGUAGCCUUAGUACCUGUAGUAGCUGUAGUACCUAUAGUACCUAUAGUACAUGUAGUACCUAUAGUACAUGUAGUACCUAUAGUACAUGUAGUACCUGUAGUACCUGUAGUAUGUGUAGUGGGUGUAGUAGCUGUAGUACCUAUAGUACCUAUAGUACAUGUAGUACCUAUAGUACAUGUAGUACCUAUAGUACAUGUAGUACCUAUAGUACAUGUAGUACCUGUAGUACCUGUAGUAUGUGUAGUGGGUGUAGUACCUGUAGUAUCUGUAGUGUCUGUAGUAGCUGUAGUAGCUGUAGAACCUGUAGUAGUUGUAGUACCUGUAGUAGGUGUAGUAGGUGUAGUACCUGUAGCAGCUGUAGUAGCUGUAGUAGCUGUAGUAUCUGUAGUAGGUGUAGUAGCUGUAGUAGCUGUAGUAGGUGUAGUACCUGUAGUCCCAUUAGUAUCUGUAGUACGUGUAGUAGGUGUAGUAGCUGUAGUAGGUUUAAUAGGUGUAGUACCUGUAGUAUCUGUAGCAGUUGUAGUAGCUGUGGUAUCUGGAGUACCUGUAGCAGCCUUAGUAGGG